AUGGCGACCGGUAAACCCCGCAAGCCCAUCUAUCCCAUCCGAUUGUUGCUUUCGGACAUUGAAGUGACAUGUCCACUCCGACAGCCCACUCCCUUGGAAAAGGAUGCCAUCAGUCGCCGCCGCUUAAUCAUUGUGGGCGACGUGCAUGGUAUGAAGAAGUCAUUACAGAAGCUGCUCGAAAAGGUAGAGUUCGACAGGAGCCAAGGUGACCACUUGAUCUUUGUCGGCGAUAUUACCAACAAAGGGCCAGACAGUUCCGGGGUGGUGGACCUGGCCAUGAAGCUGGAGGCCAGCGCAGUGAGAGGAAACCACGAUAAUGCGGUUCUGGACGCAGCAGCAGAGUUGGCUGCUGCUGCUACCGCUGGCCACGGUCCAACCUCGACGUCGAGCAAUCCACCUGUCAUGAUCGACGCUCCAUCUGAGCAUCACGAAAAGGCCGAAACCACCGCCGAGGAAAACCCGAUGCGGCAUGGCGAGACCACGUAUCACACGGUAUCCCAGUUGUCAACUCCUCAGCUGGAGUGGCUGGCCACAUUACCCUUGAUGUUAAGGCUCCACCUACCACAGGACCGCCCAUCAUCUCUGAACCACAAUGUAGUCGUGGUGCACGCGGGCCUCGUUCCAGGAGUCGCUCUCGAGGACCAGGAUCCUUACGCCAUCCUGCACAUGAGGAGCCUCAGGCGCAACGAGGAAGCUGGAGAAGGAUUCGUGCCGGAUGAGGAGUUUGGAGAAUCAGGCUGGGUCGAUGAGUGGGAUCGGUGGCAGGAGAGCCAUCCACCCCAGACCACAGUGGUGUUUGGUCACGACGCUAAGCGGCGUCUGCAGUUGGGCAAAUAUGCAAUCGGGCUGGAUAGUGCGUGCCUCUACGGGCAUCAACUCAGCGCGUUGAUAAUCACCAUCAGCGAGGGCCGAAUAGAGCAUGAGAUCAUCCAAGUCGACUGCGCGGAUACUCCUGUCGCUCCCAAGGCAACGACUGAGGGAAAUGGCCAGGCGAUUGUAGACCAUCAGUGA